AUGUCGCCAUCUACUCCCUCAUCGAGUACAAAAGAGCGGAAGAAAUAUAAUGAAUUAUUAAACUCAGUUAAACUUACAGAGAGAAUAUCUGAUAUAGAAAUUGAAGAAAAGCUUAAAAAAUUACGUAGAUUGAUAGUUUUAUACGGUAUACCAACAUCUACACCAAAUCUACGUCCUUUAGUUUGGAAGCUAUUACUAAAAGUACACGAUUUGGAUAGCCAUCAGUAUUUAAAGCUUGUCAGUAAGGGUAGAAGCAGCGUGGCUGAUAAGAUACGGAACGACGCCUCGCGUACACUAAAAUCAGACGUCGAGUUUCAACGUAUUGUUGGUGAAAGCAAGCUAAUUAGAUUACUCGACGCGUUUGCUUGGAGAACUGAAGAGAAAAGUGAUGGCGAAAGCCUCUAUGUACAGGGCAUGAACGUCUUAGCAGCGCCAUUCCUUUAUGUCCAACCAACAGAGUUAGAGGCAUUCAAUUGCUUCUCUAGGUUCAUCGAGCUCACCUGUCCUCUAUAUGUCCUACCUACCCUCGAAGGGGUGCACAGAGGCCUUCGAUUGGUCGAUAAGUGUCUCCAGAUCGUAGACAACAAAUUGUAUUCUCAUCUACGGAGACAUAAUCUCACUGCUGAAAUAUACGCCUUCCCUUGUUUGUGUAGAUUUCCUCUUACAAACACAUCUGACAAAUUCACAGCUGUACUAACUCUUAGCGCUUGUACUCCUCCUUUGGAUCAAGUGUUAUGUCUAUGGGACUUUUUGCUCGCAUUUGGUCCGCAUAUGAAUGUUUUAUGCGUCAUCGCUCAGGUCUUGCUUAUGCGCGAUGACCUCCUCUCAUCAAGCAGUCCGAUGAAGUUAUUAAGAAUGUUUCCACCUUUAGACGCACAACCUAUUAUAAGUAUUGCAGUCACCCUGGUUAGAGAUAUACCCGAGGAUGUAUACGAUGAUCUGGUUAGACAUUGUUUUGACCCACGGCAAGACUAUUAGGAAUGUAACUUGCAGGAAAUAUACCAGGACAAUGUAAAUUAUUCAAU